UCUUAUUCCUUCGUUAUUUUCGUCCUAGUAAACAGCAUAAAUCUCUCCUCCCUUCCCUUCCCUCUCGUUGUUUUCCCACCGACCUAUGCCCUCGCCGCCGUUAACCAGCCACGACCAGACUCCCCGAUAUUUCUUCCAACCGCAGGCUCAAUCGAGCUGUGUUCGGGCCGCUGUCCAGCCGCGGUGCCGGUGGUCCGUGGGCUUUCCUGCUGCUUCUUCUCUACAGCAGGCCACCUGCAGGCGAGUCGCCGGAUUUGCAUACCGAUCUUGUAGCAACUCAGAUCCGGCUAGGUUCUUCAAUCUUCAUCCUCGGCAUAGAAUACCGCCGGUAACGACGAAAGGAACCCAUCAGAUUGCGCUUCCCGGCGGCACGCCCUAACAUAGUUCUACUAGGAUUUAGCCUGAGGGUGGUGGUCGAUGAUGAUGGAGAGGGAGGAGAAGGCGUCCAUGGAGUUGACAGAUGAGAUAUUCAAGAGCAUGGAAGUCGGCAUGGCCUUUCGAGAUUAUAAUGGCAGAAUCAGCUCGAUGGAUUUUCAUAAGAGUGCAAGUUAUCUAGUAACUGCAAGUGAUGAUGAAUCAAUUCGCCUUUAUGAUGUACAAAAUGCUUUAUGCUUGAAGACUAUCAACAGCAAAAAAUACGGUGUUGAUCUAGUUUACUUCACUGAUCAUCCAUCAACAGUUAUAUACUCCUCAAAAAAUGGUUGGGACGAAUCUUUGAGACUUCUCUCCUUAAAUGACAAUAAAUACUUGAGAUAUUUCAAAGGUCACCACGACAGGGUUGUAUCUUUAUCAUUGUGUCCCCGUAAGGAAUGUUUCAUCUCUGGAUCUCUUGAUUGGACUUGUUUGCUAUGGGAUCAAAGGGCUGAGAAAGCACAGGGCCUUUUACGUGUUCAAGGCAGGCCAGCAGUUUCUUAUGACGACCAAGGGAUGGUUUUUGCUAUUGCUUUUGGUGGUUUUAUUAGAAUGUUUGAUGCUCGGAAAUAUGAGAAGGGCCCAUUUGAUAUCUUUCCUGUCGGCGCCUUUGAGUCUGAUGCUCAUGUUGUGAAAUUCAGCAAUGAUGGAAGGCUAAUGCUAUUGACUUCUAAGGACGGUCAUGUUCAUGUGUUGGAUUCCUUCCGUGGAACUGUGAUUUCAACUUAUAAUGUAAAGCCAGUUGUAAGUAAUGGAACAUUAGAGGCUUCUUUCAGUCCUGAUGGAAUGUAUGUUAUAUCAGGUUCUGGUGAUGGCAGUGUUUAUGCUUGGAACAUCAGAAGUGGCAAAGUUGCUUGUUGGGCUAGCACUGAUUCAGAACCACCACUGAUAAAAUGGGCACCAGGAAUGCUAAUGUUCACAACAGCAUCAUCUGAGCUAUCUUUCUGGGUUCCCGACCUAUCUAAGUUAGGAUCAUUCGGUGCCCUGAAAUAGUGAAGUUAUCAUAUUCCAGUUCCUGGGCUUUCAAGUUUGCCAAUUGGUUCUGGUAUCAAGCAUUCCUGACGAUGGGUACUGGUUUGUUCAUUCUUGGCCGAGACAUGUGAAUACUCUCGAGUCUCACCAUAUUGACCAAUAUUUGUUUUCUCGUCCUUGGCAUGACAAGCCUCUGGACAACUCUUCUGCUCCACAACUUUCUGCAUCAUAUCAAGAUUAAAUUAAUGUGAACACGGUUGGCAUCUCGUCUACAUCAUAUCAAGAUUGUGUACAUGAAUUAGUCCCAAGAACAAAAACAAGAGCUAAUUAAUUUGCCCAUGGAUGGCGUCGAUGCACUUUAAAUAUUUUUCAAAAUGGCUGUUUGGUUGUUAUAACCGGAGUUUUAUUUUCGUCAUAGUGAUUUGGAUCUGAUUUCCAGUGGCUUAUCAUGUAAAGCAAAAAAAGGUUAGGAUUUCUAGUGGAUUUUCUCUUUUCUUUUAAUGUUUUUGAAAUUUUUUUUGCA